CGUUUCGGCCUUCCUUUCACGUUUCUCCGAUUUAUUAACGGGUUUCGUGGUUCAUCUGUAGCAAGGCGUCUACGGCCCAGUAUUUUGAUGGGCCUAAGUGACUAGUCUCACCAGACAACUGUGGAUAAGCCAGGCCUAGAUGAGCAAGCCCAGCUAGAACUUCUUGGCCUCAUGCCCGAUUAGGCCCAACUUGUACGGGCCGAACUAGCCACCCCUGGGCCAUGAGCGCGGAAGCUGCACACACAUGCGAAACGGCUAGAAGAACGAAAAAAGAUACAGAAGAAACGCCGAAACGCGAAACGUUUCGUGUCCUCAAAACCAAAACCGAAACGCGAUAAAUUGACGAGAAAGAGAAAUUGACGAGAUGCGAUAUAUUACUAAAUAUCGAGAUAUUUACGAUAUUUUUGCGAUAUAUUGUGUCCGGCGAUAUUUUGUCACGGAGGUAAAAGAUUUCCCGGGAAUAAGCGGAAAAAAGAAGAAAAAUACUGGAAAAUUACACGAAAAUACAGAAAAUUACACAGAGAAAUUAAUCAAUUAUGACAUUCACCACUAACCUUUCGUCUUGUGCUGCAACAAUCAUUCACAUAGGAGAAACCGGAGCAAGAGAGAGGGGAAGGAAGGUGUCUCCUAGGGCUCUCGGAAAAUCGAUUCCUCGGCGGCGUAGAGUUGUCGGUCCGGCAAGUUCUUUCUCUGUGGUUUCAUGGAUUCUUGUUCUGGGUCCCCAGAAAGUUCAGAUCUUUGCUUGUUUCGUCGCUCCUUUUCAUUGGAAUCAAAUCUCUGGUUCACCCCUGUCCAAUUUCUGCAGGCGCAGGGAGGAUUCCGGCAAGCUCCUGACCUCUCUCUCAACAAGAGCCCCGUUUGAAUUAUGGCUAUGUACAUUCGGGUCAAGCGGAUCAAGACGACGUACUUCAUUCAAUGUGAUCCAACUGAGAAAGUUCUUGAGAUUAAGCAGAAGCUGAAUGUCCUGACUGAGCAAGCAGUUAAUGAUCAGAGGCUGAUCCUUAUGCCGUCGGGGGAAGUAUUAGAGGACUCCAAGUCAUUGGCAGAUCAGAAGGUUGAGAAUGAUGCUGUAGUGGCUCUCACCUUGCGGAAAGAUGGCAAUGAGUUUGAAGAAGUCAACAUUGUUCGCCCAGACGAUUUCUACCAGUCUCGUGAUGCAGAAGGUGGCAGCUGGUGACCCAUCAAUGGCCUUUGGCUUUGGAGAACUGCUCAGCUUUGCAAUGUGAGGAGUGUAGGUCUAGUGGUGUAGAUUUCAGAUUUGAUGCAACAGCCUUGGAUGUUUGUGUUUGUUACCACCGACUUGUUUCUGGUGAGUGAAUGCAACAUCGAGCAUUUAGGAAGUUAUAUAGUCAAGAAUCGAGCAAUGAACAAUGUUUUGAGUUUAUUGCUAAUGAAAAGCGUGAACCUAAAGAUACAUUUAUAUUCCCAAUUCACAGCUUUUUCAUCUCUUUUGCUUUGCUGUUGCUCUUCUUAGGGUUAUGCCCGAAUGCAUUUGCUUUCGUGAUGCUCCUCAAAGAUUGAAAUUAUGUUGUCGAUCUAGGAGCAAUGUCGCCUAUUUUCCUCAGUUAGAUAUCAUUGUAUCGACAAUCGGCUGAAGGGUAGGGUUUAUGGCAAGAUACAAUGGCACUACCGCUGCGCAUUUACACUUGUGUGAUCUAUCUUUAUCGCGGGUUCUGACAACAUUUCCUCUGUUUCGACAAUGAGAUUGAGAUUCUCAAUCCUGUUGAUUCAUUUCCCUUUCUUUUUCCAUUUCUCUAUUCAUUCAUGUGCGUGGUACAAUAACAAACAGAGCUUACACUUGAAGAAAGAAAGGCAGGAGCCAACAAACAGCUCACUGCUGUAUACUAUGAGCUCCCCCCCUGAGCUCAUGCAUGUGGUGGAAGAAGACCUUUCCAGUUUUCACUGUUGCCAAAUAAUUUUCCAUGAGGAGAAAACUGUGCUUGCAGUUGUUGAAAACCUUUUCUUUCUUUAUAUGGAUUAUUACGCUAAUGUUUAGCCAUCAUUUUGGUAUAUUUUGCCUUUGAAUUGCCGGUGUGGCAGGGAUGGUGCUAUUUUAGCUAUAAAACUGUAGUGGAAGUUGUCUCUGAAUUUGAUUGGAAAUCAAAUAAAUGGUUUGAUAUGGGGUGUUAGUCUGCAAAAUUGUGAAGCAAGACUUGUUUAUUAGGAUAAACUUUUGAAACCUCGAAACAGGGUUACAUAGGAUCUUCAACAUAAUUUCUUUUUCAUUGUGUUUGUGCUUUUGCGUUGUACAUGCUGACCGUUGUCAUUGAUGGCCACAGAAGUUGAUUUUGCUUGAUUCUGGUUUCUGCCUUGGCAAUGCAUAAACAAUAAACCACAGGGAAUUAGAUGACCAGCUAAGAUGGGUGUGGUGCCCAGAAUCUCGUCUCAUUGGCAUACAGAACCUUUCGAUUUUAAGGAGUCCUUCCGAUUAUGGAGCAAAUCUCCCAGACAGCCUUAAGAUUCAUAAUGUCAUCCUUAUGUUGUUCAAUAGGCUAAUCAAGCUUCUCAACCAAGAGCUAAAUCCCCGAAAAUAACAGUGAAUGCCAUUCCAUCUGGCAUCUAUAAGUUUCUAUACUAGCUAAUGCAGUCAUACAGUAUUACAAGCACACGUCAGGGAUUUUUUCUUUUUUUGGUGAACUACCAUCUUCUAUUUACAAGCUUUGAUUAAAAGAUAAAAAGCCUCUCAAACACAUGAUAAUACUGUGUUACAUCCUCCUUCGUAAGAUAUCCAUCUUGUCGUUGUAUGUGCUUAACAGGAUGGAAAGAAACCUGGCCUCGCCAUUGCAUGGACUGCUGUUUCUGGCGUUCUUGAUGAACAUGUUCAUGCCAUCAUACAAAAGGCUUACAUGACAUCGAAUGAUGAAGAAUUUCAUAUCAAAUGAAAGCUUGCAGUAGCUAUCCCCAAUAUGAAAACCUAUUGUCAAAUGAAAGCAAGUGCAGAGA